AUGUCUUUAAUACACUCUAAAUUAUUUUUAGAAUUAUAUUAUAAUGUUAUCAAUAUUAUAAUAUAUGAAAUAUUUGAAGUAGAUAUUUUUUACAUGAAAAAACCUGUUAAAACAUUUUACGGAAUUAUACACACAUGUAAAGAUUUUUAUACUUAUUUUAGAAUUGAAUUCGCAAAAGAAUUUUACAAAAAGUUUGAUUUGAAUGAAAGAAUAUUUCCUUUGAAUUGUAUUCGUAAAAAUUGUAAGAUAAUAGGAAAAAGUAUAGAAACUGAAUAUUGUGGGAGUCUUUGGGAUUUGUUGAAUUCAUUCAAGAAUGAUUAUUUUCAAUUUGAAGAAUAUCAUAAUGAUCUUCCAGUUGCUUUGUAUAGAUGUGAAUACGAAUAUCAUAAAAAUAAAUCUGUUAAAAAAUAUUUUGAAAUAUUAAGAAAUAUCAAAUUAUUUUUUUUCAAGAUUCAUGACUAUCAUGAAAAUUAUCAGGUUUUUUAUGAUGAAGGUGGACAAUAUGUUAUUAAGUCAAAUAUUUAUUCAUUAGAAGGUGUUUUAGAGAUUUUAGAUAAAUCUUCAUAUAAAAGAGAAAAUAGCGAAAUAUUAUAUAAUUUUUAUUUGAAGAAAAACGUAUUAACGAAGCUUGAAAAUGAAGAAAAUUUUAUCAUUUUUGAAGAUUAUGAUAGUGAUGAUUCUAUCAAUAAUGACAGAGAUAAAGAUUUUAUUAGAAAAUAUGAAGAAUUUAAUAUUUUGGUUCGAUGCAAAUAUAGAGAAAAAAAUAAGAUAAGUGUUAUCGAUAUUGAGAGAUUGGAUUCGCUUAGAAAAAAUUAUCAUAAUGAUCAUAUAGGUAUUUUAGUUACGAAUAAAGGUUAUUCUAGAAAUGCUAAAAGUGAGGCAAAAAAAAUGAAUAUUCUUAUGUGUAAUACAGAAAAUAUGUUUAGAAAUAUCUUAAAGGAAAUCAAAAUUAGAAAAAAGAAAGAAGGAAAUUAUCAAUCUCGAGAAUUGGUAGUUCAAGUAUCAAACGAAUAUUAA